AUUGCCUGAACAGUGAAGGAUAAUGACUUGGCUAAAAACCGUGUUUGUUUUUCUAAUCAUAUCUGUGAAGUGAUAUAACAUAAUAAGUGACGUGACGAAGAAUUAUGAAUAAAUACGUGUAUUAUAAACUAACUGGUUUUUGAUUUUCAAAACCGGUUCUCAACAAUAUUAUAUGGUCCGACUAAAAUAAGGCACAAAAACUUCGUCCCUUCUCUUUUACAUUUUAAUUAAGACCAACAGAUUCGUAGAAACUAGUCCAUCUGGAUCUGUCUGCAAUCCGACAGCAGCUCCUUGUAUCGGAGGAUUCGCUCGACUCGCAACCCUUAUCAGAGAUGGACUCGAGAGGAAUCCAGAGUCUUUAGUAUUAAACGGAGGCGACUCUUUUCAAGGAACUAUCUGGUAUAAUUUAUUGAGAUGGAAUGUCACUCAGGAUUUUAUGAACAUGAUCCAUCACGAUGCUCAUGUGUUAGGAAAUCAUGAGUUUGAUAAUGGUAUUGAAGGUGUCGUUCCAUACCUUCAACAUCUCAAAUCUCAAGUUGUUACCGCUAAUAUUAUCGACGACGAUGAACCAACGAUACAAGGACUGUACAAGCCUAGCAUUGUAGUCGAAAAGGGAGGUCGGAAGAUUGGUAUAAUAGGUGUUAUAAUAUCGAGUACUGACGAACUCGCAAGUACAGGAAAUUUAAAGUUUACGGACGAAGUUGAAGCUGUUAGACGAGAAGCUGAAAAGUUAAACGAGCAAGGAAUAAAUAUCAUUGUGGUUCUAUCACACUGUGGGAUAGAUAUAGAUCGUAAAAUAGCCCUUAAUGCUGGUCCUCAUAUAGACAUAAUUGUCGGAGGCCAUAGUCAUACACUUCUAUCAAACAGUGACCCUCCAGAAGGUUCUACUUGGACUCCAUUGGGACCUUAUCCCGUUGUGGUAGAACAGGCAGCAAGAUCUGUAUUGAUCGUUCAAGCUGGAGCUCAUACAGCAUUUUUAGGAGAAAUUAAACUUAAUUUCAAUGAUAACGGAGAUCUUAUCAGUUGGGUUGGUGAUCCUCAUUAUAUAGGCAACAAUGUUCUUCCAGCUCCUGACGUCUUAGAAAAGAUUAAUGAGUAUCUGCCAGUUAUAACUGAACAAGCAACUGAAUUGAUUGGAGUCUCUAAAGUCCACAUGUCCUCAAGAUGUAAUUGCGGAGAAUGCAAUCUUGGUAGUUUCAUUUGCGAUGCUUUUAUGCACGAAACUGUAGUUAAAUCAGGAAACAGAAAGUGGAACGAGGCGAAUUUCUGCGUCGUUAACACUGGCGGUAUCCGUUCGGACGUCGAGAGCGGAAAUGUGACAUUUGAAAGGAUACUUCUCUCAACUCCGUUUGAGAAUAAUGUAGAAAUAUUUGAUCUGAGAGGUGAUCAUGUGAAGGAAAUGUUGGAGUACGCCGUGUCUAAUAAUCCGUGGCCCGGAGCUAGGAUGGUUCAAGUAUCAGGUAUGCGAGUUAUAUUUGAUGGAGCCCGUCCCGUUAACAAUAGAGUUGUAAAUGCUACAAUAAGGUGUAAUUAUUGUGAUAUACCAACAUACGCGCCUCUGGUUCCGAACAAAUAUUACAAAGUCGUUUCACAAUCUUUCAUCGGAGGUGGUGGCGAUGGAUUUAGCAUGAUAUCAAAUAAUCGUCAAAACGUAGAAGUGUUGGGUGUGGAUUACGACAUACUGUUACGUUACGUACGGCAUCAGUCGCCGAUCAUGAAGGACUUGGACGGACGGAUACUGAUAAAAGAUCCCUGUUUAGAGAACUGAAUUAAUAGAAUUCUCCCUCAAUUAUAGUAAAAUGUCUUUUGUGUCAUACUUCUUAUAUAAAAAACCAGCGAUGAAGAUUAUUUAUAUGCGCAAUGAAUGUCAUAAACGAAGCUAUGUUGUUGGCACUUCGAUCCUCAUACAACUUACUUACAGAAGUUUGUUAGCUUUGAAACUUCAGCCUGAUUUUGAAGGCCUUUAAGGUCAAGCAAUAGCAAAACUAUUUGUUUUAAGGUUAUAAUAAAAUGAAUUUUAUGUAAUGUUCAAUUUAUUAUCAAUGAUCGUAUAGUUUAUAUAGUAAAUAGACGAUGAGAGAAUGUCUGUUUAGUUGCAAGUUCGAGAUAGGAUCAUUGCAUAAUUAUUAAAUAAUUACCUCAAAUAGAUUUAUGAAAUUUAAUAACAGUUACAGUAUUGCUGUAUUUAAUAAUUAAAUUCACUGUCGUAUACCUUGUGGUAUUUAACCGUUCCAUGGAAUAUUAAGUUGGAACAAAGAGCUUUCUUAGAACACAAUGAGAGCCACAUUGUUUGAAUAUGGCGGUUUUCAUAUUGUAACAUAGAAUUAAACUUAAUUUUAAAUGGGA